CAGAACACCCUGUAUAUUCCUUUGUCAAUGGUGAAUUCGCGCGAAAGCUCUGACUCAUGGCCGAGAUUUCUUCACGCGUAUUUACACUGUUGUCUCAUUAACGAGAAGCACGCGCAACCGUUGGUUGCUGGCGAAGCAGCACAGAAUUAAGGGAAGGCUAAGGAGGAAAUAACGCAUGAAUAAGAGGGGCGAGGGGACAAGGAGGGAGGACAGAUAAAGCGUUUGACCCUCGCCCCUUCAAUGACCCGCGAGAUAUCGUUCCACUAAAUUCACCGACGCGCCUACCAGUCGAAUGCGUGGCCUCGUCAACUGCGGGUCACACCGAUCGCUGUUUAUCCAGACCGCUCGUCGAUCCUGACUACGUGCCCUGUCAAAACCGGAAAUGCAACUUCCGAAGACACUGUUCCUCGUCUCCUGCUGCAUCCUCGCUUGUCGAUGCGACGACCAGAAGCCUAUCGGGAAAAAUGAUACGACGUCGCAAAUAGCGUUCGGUGAAAAACGACUCGGGGAUCAUAUUCGCGCAAUCUUGAAGCAUUAUCAGCAAGAUGAUCCAGUGGGGCUGCCAGGAGCCCCGGUACCGGAUCCCAUGCCAGUGCCGGAUAUGAAGCACUCCUUCUCCAUGUACACCAUGAAUUUCAAGCAGGUCAACGUUUACGGCCUCUCGAAAUUUCGAAUCGUCCGCAUGGAGUCGGAACUGUCUCUCAUGCAAGUGUCUGUGGCGUUGAGUAUCGAGACCUUGGACAUUCGCGGAUUGUAUACAUUGUCCUCCUGGUUGUCACGAUCUGCUGGCAACUUCACCGUCGAAUUAACGGGGGUGACUGUCCAAGGUGUCGCGCGCCUCGAGGUCGCCACCGAUGGAAAAUUGCAUGCCCAAGACAUCGACAUGGACCUGACGUUCGAUAAGAUAGACAUGGACUUCAAGAAUUUGGGCUUCCUGGGUUCCGUUUUCCAAGGGGUGAUCAAUUCCGUGGGGACCUUCAUUUUCGACAGUAUUAAACCCUUCAUUUUGAAAGAGGUCAAUACUAACGUACGGGGAGAAGUCAACAAACAGAUAUCACAGUUGCCACAAUACUUCCCCAAUUCUAUAUCACCGUUCGACAUGGCGGUCGCUGAGGCUCGCAAGCAAGUCUCCCAAAUGGGGUACGACCCGUUUAGGGUGAAGGAUUACAGCCAAACUGUCGGUAUAUUUACCGUGAUGUCGACCCAUACUUGGAUCACCGGUCUAGCGAGUUUCUAUCGAAUGGGGAACAUCACUUUAAACAUGGAAAAUCGUACAGUGUACGCGACGAUCGACGUUGGGACCCAAGAGAUCGAGGGAAGGACCCACUGGGAAGUGAGCGUGAUCGGUGGCGUUUUGACCAGGGCUGGCACGGUCUCCUUCACCAUACAAUAUUUCAGGGUUCAGGUGACGUUGAGCCAACCGUUGGACACACGGAAGAGGCCCGUACUCGAGGAACUUAAUCUCGAGUUGGGUAAUAUCCAAACGAGAGUCCACGGCGCCGGUACCAUCGAUUACUUAAUCGAAGCCGGUGUCAAUGUACUGCCAAAUCUUUUGAGGUAUCAGAUCAUGGACGCGAUAGAGGGACCGCUCAAAAGACGCUUGCAAUUGGAAUUGAGGAAGGUGGACGUCGAGAAACUGAUUCACGAUAAAAUACCGGACAUAGAACAACAGGCUAGGUAUAUUCAAGGUCUGGUUCCUGCCGAGGAGACCAUCUUCGAGGAGGUGGUGCCUCCUGAAGAUCAGGACGAGCAGCCGUUUUCGGAGAGCGAGGAGAAUCGAGGGCCUUCGUAGAUCGUACGAUAGUUAGAUUAUACAUAUGGUCAGUCGUUGAAAGAUGGAAUUUUUAAUCAUUUAAUUUCGCGAUUCACGCUCAGCCGUGUUUUGUAAAUACUUUACAAAAAUAAAUUUUUUAAACAUA